GGGCAGCCGGAGAUCUUCGGGGCUGUCAGAAGAGCCGAAGGACUUUCUGUACAGCGUGGUGAUGCGCGCCGGGAAAUGAACUCCGCAAAGAACGCUUUCUGUCAAACGGCUGCCACAGAAUUGAAGAAAAAUCGUCUUUUCUAGCCUGUGAAAUUCCUCUUGGAGGCACAGCAAGGACUAUCAAAAGCGUCGGAGAGAUUCGAGUACUUUUAAAGGGACUUGGAGCGAAUGCCAGCGUAAUAUCUGAAUGACCUUGGAAAUCAUUAUAUGUGGACUGAUUAAUUCUCACCGCCUGCCUGCUAGUCUCAGGAACUCCAGGAUUAGAGAUGCUUAUAACGUUUUAGGGGCCUUUCAGAAAACAAGAUUGUAUACACUUACUGACCUGCCUAACGAUUCCUGAACUAAUGAAGCAUUUACCUAAAACUGAACACGGAAGAUGUUUCCCUUUAAAAGUACGCUUGCUCCGCACCUGCAAAUAAAAUAAGCAAGGUAAUGUCCUGCUGCUAGAAGAACUUUUUUUUUUUUUUUUUUAAAACGGUUAUUUAUUAUGCUGAUCAUCUGGUAAGACCAGAAAGCCCCAAACUCGCCAGAAGACGGAGCUGAAUAACGGCGUAGUAAACAAUGGCAGCUUUUCUAGGCAAAUCAGCAUUUCAUUAGCUUCCCAGCAGAAUGCAGAUGGAAGUUUCUGCUCCCCUUGUGUGGGGGGGUGAAAUGAUUCAGGUGUUGCUACAGAGCUAAGGUGUGCCAGAGUGAUGCCCUGAUGCUGAGGAGGCAUCAACAGCUAUGGGACUGUAACCCUGUCAGAUGUAAGCACUGGCAGCGUCUACAAAGAGAGAUCGUGAGACGCUGAAGCAGAGUUUAGCUGCUGUUAAGCAGGUCAUCUGCUCGCUAAAGCUCAGAUUGCAGUGUUCCCUAAUCGUAAAACAUGAACCAGUCCAGAUGGAUUGAAUGGAGGACUCUGAAUGUGAGCGCUAGUGUUAUGAACAUAUCUGAGCACCUCUCCUGCCCUCUUGGAUUUGGUCACUACAAUGCAGUUGACAUCUGUAUCCUUGAGACAGUUGUUAUUGUCUUGCUAACGUUUUUAAUUAUUGCGGGUAACUUAACUGUUAUAUUUGUUUUUCACUGUGCUCCACUUUUGCAUCAUUAUACCACCAGCUAUUUUAUUCAGACCAUGGCCUAUGCUGAUCUUUUUGUUGGAGUUAGCUGCUUGGUUCCUACUCUGUCACUGCUUCACUAUUCGACAGGUGUCCACGAGUCCUUGACUUGUCAAGUUUUUGGAUAUAUCAUCUCUGUGCUGAAAAGCGUAUCUAUGGCAUGUCUUGCUUGCAUCAGUGUGGAUCGCUAUCUCGCUAUAACAAAGCCUCUCUCCUAUAAUCAACUGGUCACACCUUGUCGCUUGAGAAUCUGCAUCAUUUUGAUCUGGAUAUACUCUUGUCUGAUCUUCUUGCCUUCCUUUUUUGGUUGGGGAAAACCUGGUUACCACGGAGACAUUUUUGAAUGGUGUGCUACCUCCUGGCCAACUAAUGCCUAUUUCACUGGCUUUAUUGUGUGCUUACUAUAUGCUCCUGCUGCCUUUGUCAUAUGUUUCACCUAUUUCCACAUCUUUAAAAUUUGCCGGCAGCACACCAAAGAGAUAAAUGAUCGGAGAGCUCGAUUUCCUAGCCAUGAAGUGGAUGCUGCUGGGGAGACUGGGCACAGCCCUGAUCGCCGCUAUGCCAUGGUUUUGUUUCGGAUAACCAGUGUGUUCUACAUGCUGUGGCUCCCUUAUAUCAUAUACUUUCUGCUGGAGAGCUCGAGGGUGUUGGAAAAUCCAGCACUUUCCUUCCUAACAACCUGGCUUGCUAUAAGCAAUAGUUUCUGCAACUGUGUGAUAUAUAGCCUCUCCAACAGCGUUUUCAGACUGGGACUCCGGAGGCUGUCAGAGACAAUGUGUUCUUCUUGUAUGUGUUUAACAGACAGGGAUGUACGGGACCCUAAACCAAGAAAACGGGCUAAUUCUUGCUCUAUUUAAAAACACUGAUGCAUGUAAUCAAACAUGGAGUUUUGAUAGUAUUUGAUAUAUCUGGAAACUUGCCAGAACAGAAAUACUUACUUGAAUAGUUUGCUCUGAGAGUAGGGAUGAGUUUAAAAGGGAUUUCAGAAAUGGAAAAGGCUGCUGUAAGAGGGGUCACUGAACUUAAAUAUAGCUCUUGUGAAAUCGUAAGGAGACAAAUUCAGCAGAGAGGAUGAAGAAAGUCAGGACUCGGAUCUUCCAAAGGGCAUGAAAUAACUAGCACAUCAAAGGAGGUUCCUCGUAAAAUCAAUUAGUUAGUUACUACCUUAUAUUUUUCCCCUUGUAGAAAAGGGGUCUUAUUAUCUUUGUGUCAGAAUAUACUGUAGCCUUCUGAAUUUAAAUAUAUUUAAGAGGAAACUCAACAACACAGUAAGUGGCUAUCCAUAAAUUAUAUUCCUGAGGACUUACAGUAGAUGUUGCAGAUUAUUAAUCAGCUCUCUGCUCACGUCUUGUACAAUUUUUCAGUUGUACAAAUAAUCCGCAAUGCAUAAAACAGGCACUGGGCAUGAUGCUUUUGAUAAAAUUGCACAUUUUGGUAAAACUUUGACAAAACCGCUCCCUCUCAUUUUCCAUUUUUUCCCAUACUGUACAUCCCUAGGUUUCAUCACGUGGAAGUGGCUUAGUUUGAGGGUGCCUACAGGGCAAACUGAGUUUCAAAUCACUCUUCUGCAGAAAGAAAUAGCCCUUUCUGACUAGCUGAGUAAGCGCAGUCGCCCGUGUUCAACGACUUCUUCAGUCUUUCAUUCUCUUGAUCCUGUUAAAUUAGCACACAGUGUUAUGUAGUGUCCUUUAGGGUGUACUAAAGCUUUUCCUUUAUCGGCUACCCGGAUAAUCUCCUAAUGCAAAUAUGAUAAUGGCGUACAGCAGUGUGCAUCACUGCUUAGAAAAUUAAAAAUAAAUAAGAAAAUCUUUUCUUUGGGAGGUCUAAAUAGCUUACAGUUGUAGCUGCCAAUCCUUUGUGUAAACCUAGCUUGCACAUACUGUAUUUUUUUAAAAAGAGAAAGUAAUUUGUGGUCUGUGCCUAAUGUUUUCAUAGCACAUGGAAUAGGUCAGUGCUACAGGAUUAAAAAAUACACUUACUUUAAGAGAAAUACUUCUGUGCAGUUGUUGAAUAGAUAUUUGUUAGACAAGCGUUCUUGGAGGAGGUGCACAAGACAGUCUAGUAUUAAAUACAGGCAAGGAGCUUCGGUAUUUCCUUUUGUAAUGAACUGACUUUCAGGUCCACCGAUUACAUAUUUUUGUUUUGCAAGGGUGCACAUUAGGUUUGUGUAAUAAAUUGCCAGGGGUUCAGAUGCAUGCCAAUAAAUGAAAUAUUUAAAUGAUUAUUUUUGAACCAAAUGUAAUUUUCUUAGAUGGUUAUUGGCUUUUAAGAAAGGCCCAAUUGUAGAUCAUUGGUGCCUUUUAACGCUGCACUAUUAUUCCUUCUCUUACCAAAACGUGUGUGUAAAGAUUGUGCCUAUUACUUUUUGUAAAGGAAGCUAACCACAUUUGCACACUUGUGGUUUGAGUCUAGGUCUCCCUGAAGUAUGUACUCUUUGUUUUGUUGAGGUGGUUCUGAACCCCUGUACCUUUUUAAAAUUGUAAGAAAGCUGAAACAAUGGAAUAAAGUAGUAUCAUGUCUAUCAAAACCA